AUGGACCUUGUCCGCCGUGGCAAGGAGUCUGGGUCUAGCCCAAUUUCUGACGUAACGCAAGGCAGUCGGCAUUUAGCUUUGAUCGAUUUGGAUUGUUGUUUUGCUGUUUCAGUCGGUGAUUCUGUUUUAUAUUUGCUCAAAAAUACUAUGUCUGACCAUGAAACUGAUUCGGAGGAGAGUUAUCAAACUGAUGACUCUGAUAUAAACUUUAUUCCGGGGUACAUAAUGGAAUGCCCUGACCUUGGAAGUUCGGAUAAUAGCUCGAGCGUUGAAGAGGACAACGCGGGCCUAGCAUAUGCCGAUGAACCUUUGGCUGACGACGAGUGGCUACAAAACUACAACAGGCAAGAAAGAGAACGGCUAGAACUACAAGAAAAGCUAGGGUAGAAGACUGGAUGGUUCUGUUGAAGUGAGCGAGUGGUAAGUACUUGGUAAACAUCGAUAAAAUUCGUGUUUGUUUCGGAUUAUUAAUAUCGAAUAUAUGCGUGGAAAUUUUUUGAUUUCUAUCUAUAAACUUCGAAUGUUUUUCUCCUUUUUUAUCACAGGUGCAAUUGUGGGAAUUGUGACAUAACCUUACUAACAAAUAAUAGUGAAUGUCAUUGUUGUUUUGAACUGGAAGGAUGCGAGGAAGCUAUGAAUCGCGAAGAAGUUAUACAGGAUCUCAAAGCCGAAGGCGUGCAAAAUGCGAAGUGUGUAAUACAACAGCCGGAAUUCAACCCCGUAUGCCUUCAAAAGUGGAGUUUGAAGAUGGCUGCUGACAGAUAUAAAACCAAAGAUAAAAGCAAAUACAGUCAAACGUCAACAGAGAAUAGGUUAGACAAUUUAUUCAAUUAUGUUGUUAAAUUUUUUCUUUGUUGCCAAAGUUUUACCUCUUGACUUGUUUAUUUAUGCACCUAUCAAUGUUUUCCCCCUGAGGGGGGGGGGUGCGGGCAACCCAGGGCAUCCCCGCUUUUGGGCAAGAAACGGCCGUCAAAAUUCCCCACUAUAUUUCUAAGAUAACAAAGCACAUAUAUGUUUUCCAAUGCAAACAUACAGGUCUAUACUGGUUUAAACUUGGUAAAAAUUGAGACACUGUGUAUAAAAGGCUAUAAAAUACCUUUUUCGAUGAAACUUGAUCGUGCUUCUCCGCCAUACUUGUUACCAGGCCUUUCAAUGUCAAAACUGUGCAAACUUUCAAGAUGGCAGAUGGCGGAAAUUUCCCAACUCUGGGAGUUGAUGCAUAGGUCAAAUUCCCCUCACUGGGGCUUCAUAGUGUGGUCAAAGUCCCCUAGGUCGCCUGCACCCCCCCCCCCCCCAGGGGGAAAACAGUGAUAGGUGCAUUAAAAUUAGCCUCUCAAUACAUUACUAUAUAUUAGAGGUCGCAAAUCCGAUCCGAAUCCGAUCCGUUCGGAUUUCGGAACCAAAAUAUUCAUUUCGGAUCGAUAAAGUUGUUUCGUAGUCGGAUCGGACUUCGAUAUCCGAAAUAAAAUGAAUUAAUUAUCUAAUGCAUUAUUCGUUUGAUACUUCAAUUGGACGUCACUUUGUCAGCUUCUUGACAUGUAUUUCUUGCUUUUAUAUUUAUUUGGUUAAAUAUUUCAACUUGAAUGAGAAAUUUAUUUUAUUAAAGAAUUCUUCGGAUCGGAUCGAAACUCGGAUCGGAUUCGGAUUAGACAAUUUCGGAUCGGAUCAGAUUUUAAACAUAGGCAAUUGUCGGAUUAUAAGCGUCCAAUCCGAUGCACACCUCCACUAUAUGUAUAGGUAGAUAAUGAUUUGCUAAAUACAAAGAUAGAAAAUAUCAAUUUAUACUUUUGUAAAUGCAGGCAACUUCUUAGCCUGGUUCACAUGGUAACAAAUCAUGAACUUCCAUUUAUUUUGUUUUAGCUUUCUACGCAGUAUCUCAUAUAGAGAGUUCACAAGACUAAUAUAUGGACUUCUUGGCAACAGAAGAAUCCCACUACCUGCAUGUGCCUACAUUGCAAUAAGAAAUACAUUUCCUAUCAUGGAAAAGGAAGGACAGUUUACUGGAUAUUCUGACGACUCAGACUAG